UAAUCUCUUAUUCCUUUGUGUUUUUGUUUGGAGUUAAAAAAAAAAAGAAUGGCAACUUCAGCAAUCCAACACUCUUCUUUCGCCGGCCAAACGGCCUUAAAGCCAUCCAAUGAUCUCCUUCGUAAGGUUGGAGCCUCCAAUUGUGGCGGCCGCAUCGUCAUGCGCCGUACAGUCAAGUCUACUCCUCAGAGCAUCUGGUACGGACCAGACCGUCCCAAAUACCUAGGACCAUUCUCGGAAAACACACCAUCAUACCUAACCGGAGAAAAUCCUGGAGACUACGGCUGGGACACCGCCGGUCUGUCAGCCGAUCCAGAAACAUUCGCUAAGAACCAUGAGCUUGAACCGUGUGGUUCAAGGCAAGAUCACAGAUCUUCUCAGAAGGAUCUCGGAAACCCUAACUUGAUCCACGCGCAAAGCAUAUUAGCUAUUUGGGCUUGUCAAGUUGUGCUCAUGGACUUCAUUGAAGGGUACAGAAUCGGGGGUGGGCCUUUUGGUGAAGGGCUUGACCCGCUUUACCCUGGCGGAGCGUUUGACCCGUUGAACUUAGCGGAGGAUCCAGAGGCGUUCUCGGAAUUGAAGGUGAAGGAGCUCAAAAACGGUCGUCUUGCCAUGUUCUCAAUGUUUGGAUUCUUUGUUCAAGCCAUUGUUACCGGUAAAGGUCCGAUAGAGAAUCUGUUCGAUCACAUUGCAGACCCUGUGGCUAACAACGCUUGGGCUUACGCCACCAACUUUGUCCCCGGAAAAUAGAGUUUGAUCGGAUAAUUUAUGUAAAUUAUAUCUUUUAAGAAUUUGUCAACGCACUAUAUUCUUUCUUUGGUUAGAAAUUCUCGUUGGCUAUAGCAACUUAGACCAAGUCCAGCAAGGGUUUUUAGUGGCUUUCUAUGUUGGGUUUCUAAGAUAAAAUGGGCCCAGAUGA